UCUAAACCUAAACAUGGCAUCAAAAACCUUUUAUGUUGCACCAAUGCUUCUGCUAGGAAUUCCAAUUCUCUUUGUAUGUACUUUUGCGAGCGCAAGCUAUGAAGAAGGCAUUCAGAAGCCUAACAGUGUUGUGGUGAAGGGAAGCGUAUUCUGUGACACCCAACUAUCAAAAACCGCCUACUUCUUGCCAGGUGCCUUGGUUGCCGUGGAGUGUAGCAUCAGCAGUAACAGGAAAUGGAAGAGCACCAAUGAAAUGAUUUCAGUUGAAGGAGAAACUAAUGAAGAUGGAGAGUUCAGGGUGGAGCUUCCCAUUAUACAGAAUCUUAACCCUGGGAGAUCAUGCUCCGUUAGACUUCUCAGCAGCCCUCAUGAGUCAUGCAAUAUCCCCUCAAUCAGUGAAUCAGCCCAACUCAUUCUAAUAUCCUCAGAUUCAGUUGGAAUUCAGACCUAUGAUUCUACUCCAUUAUCAUAUAGUCCAUCCCAACAAGUCAUCAUUACAUCUACCCCGCACCGUAGAGUCUUGCAACUUCCUAGCAUCCCCCCACUACCUAAGGUUUCUCUUCCUCCUCUUCCUAGCAUCCCUCCUCUACCCAAAAUAAGUGUUCCUCCACUCCCUAGUAUUCCAAAUGUUGUUGCCUCUCCUCUUCCUAAAUUAAGCUUCCCUCCUCUCCCAAAUGCACCCUCUUUCCCGAAAUUGAGUGUUCCUCCUUUGCCAAGUGUGCCCACUCUUCCAAAGUUGAGUGUUCCUCCCCUUCCUAGUGUAUCUCCUCUCCCCAAAUUCAGUGUCCCCCCUCUCCCUAAUACACCUCUACCAAAUUUGAGCGUUCCUCCACUCAAUAUUCCUAAUCCUCCACCUGUACCAAAAAUUAGUUUCCCACCUCUUCCUCCUUUCACACAACCUCCACUUCCUUCCUUUAACUUUCCACCCUUUCCCUUUUUCACCCCACCUCCACCUUCUAAUUAAGAUGAGGUCAGCUCAAUUUAUCAAACUAUUCUCAUUUCCUUGAACACAUAGUUAUCGUACCCUAAUGUGACUAGUGCAUAGUUUAAUGUUCAUGCCUUGAUAUUUGCAUGAUGAUGCAAUCUCAUAAUCCAAUUCAUUUGUUUUUGUUUGAAAAGAUUGAUGGCAUUCAUUGUAUUCCAAUAUGUAUUUUUCAUAAUUUUGUAUGAUAUAUUAUUCUAGCAUUCAUUUAUUAUUUUCU